AUGGGAAGCCCACUCUGUGCGACGCUGACGCUUCUCAUCGCUGCCGGCUGCCACCUCGUGCUGGCAUCGGGGGAGCGAGCCGGUGCUGGUGGCUACAGGGAGGAAAUCGUGUUUCCGGAGCGCCUGGCGGGCGUGUCUGGGGAGGGGCUGGGCGGCAGCCCCAGCCAGUGGCUUCUCUACCGCAUCCGCACCUUGGGGGAAGACCUGGUCCUGGACCUGGAGUGGGACCCCAGCUUCCUGGCGGAGGGGCUGACCGUGCAGUACCUGGGCAGGAGAGGGCAGCCAGCCGCGGUCGACGGGACGACCGAGCCAGGGAGCUACUACACCGGCACGGUGAACUCCGACCCAGACUCCGUCGCGGCGGUGAACUAUGACGGGGUGUCACUGCUGGGGGUGCUGCAGUACCACGGCGCCGAGUACCACGUGCAGCCCCUGGAUGGGGGGGCGCCCAAUGCCGCAGAUGGAGCCGGUGCCCAUGUGCUCAGGAAGAAGAUACCCGAGAAAGCCAAUGGCACCAUGUGUAGUGUGGGCGCCCAAGCUCUGGGCACGGCUCCAGCCAGCGGAAGGGAGCCCCGCGCCGCAGCAGCGUCCUCGAGGAGAGCAAAGCGGUUCGCCUCGGUGCCGCGCUACGUGGAGACGCUGGUGGUGGCGGACGAGCACAUGGCCCAGUUCCACGGCGCCGGGCUCAAACGCUACCUGCUGACCGUCAUGGCCGCUACCGCCAAGUUCUUCCGCCACGCGAGCCUGCGGAACCCGGUGACGCUGGUGGUGACGCGGCUGGUGGUGCUGGGGCCCGGCGAGGAUGGGCUGCAGGUCACGGCCAACGCUGCCCAGAUGCUGCGCAACUUCUGCCAGUGGCAAAAGGGACUCAACAAGCCUGACGACGCGGAUUCAGAGCAUUUCGACACGGCCAUCUUCUUUACCCGGCAGAACCUGUGCGGCAUCUCCACCUGCGACACGCUGGGCAUGGCGGACGUGGGCACCGUCUGCGACCCCAGCCGCAGCUGCUCCAUCGUGGAGGAUGAUGGGCUGCAGUCGGCCUUCACCGCGGCCCAUGAACUCGGCCACGUGUUCAACAUGCUCCAUGACAACGCCAAGGCCUGUGAGGACCUGAACUCCAGCGGCACCCGGCACAUGAUGGCUCCGGUGAUGUCCUACGUGGACCCCGACCAGCUGUGGUCACCCUGCAGCGCCCGUUUCAUCACAGAUUUCUUGGACAACGGCCAUGGUCACUGUCUCCUGGACAAGCCUCAUGAGCCCCUGCGCCUGCCAGCCCCCUUCCCGGGCAGCAACUAUGAUGCAGACCGGCAGUGUCAGCUGACCUUUGGGCCAGACUCCCGCCACUGCCCCAACCUGCACCCACCCUGCUCCUCCCUGUGGUGCACGGGCAAGAUCAACGGGCACUUCAUGUGCCAGACGAAGCACUUCCCCUGGGCAGACGGCACCGCCUGCGGACAGGGCAAGGCUUGCAUGAAUGGGCGCUGCAUCAGCAAAGUGGAGAUGAAGGCCUUCAACACUCCCACCCCGGGCGGUUGGGGGCCCUGGGGCCCGUGGGGCGACUGCUCGCGGAGCUGCGGCGGGGGCGUGCAGUUCUCCACCCGCGAGUGCAACAAGCCCAUCCCACGCAACGGCGGCAAAUACUGCGAGGGCAAGCGCACCCAGUACCGCUCCUGCAGCACCCAGGAGUGCCCGGACGGCACAGCCCUCACCUUCCGGGAGCAGCAAUGCGCCGUCUACAACCACCGCUCAGACCUGUUCAAGGGCUUCCCUGCGCCCAUGGACUGGGUGCCCCGCUACAGCGGAGUGGCCGAGAAGGACCAGUGCAAGCUGACGUGCCAGUCGCGGGCCCUGGGCUACUACUACGUGCUGGAACCGAGGGUGGCGGAUGGGACGCCCUGCUCCCCCGACAGCACCUCGGUCUGCGUGCAGGGGCGCUGCGUCCACGCCGGCUGCGACCGCGUCAUCGGCUCCAAGAAGAAGUUUGACAAGUGCAUGGUGUGCGGGGGAGAUGGGUCCCGCUGCUCCAAGACCUACGGCUCCUUCGCCAAGCCCCGCUACGGUUACAAUGAUGUGGUCACCAUCCCAGCUGGGGCCACCCACAUCCUGAUCCGCCAGAGCAGCAGCUCCGCCACGGCCAGUGAUGGCAUCUACCUGGCGCUGCGGAGGCAGGACGGCACCUACGCCCUGAACGGGAACUAUGUCCUGGUGCCCUCGGAGCUGGAUGUCAGCCUGGCGGGCAGCGUGACACUGCGCUACAGUGGGGCCACCAAGGCCACGGAGAUCAUCACGGGCCGCGGGCCACUCCACGAGCCGCUCACCCUGCAGGCACUGGUGGUGAGCGACCACAAAGCCCCCCGGCUCAAAUACACCUUCUUCGAGCCCAAGCAGCAGAAGCGGACGACAGAGCAGUGGCUGAAGCAGAAGGCCCAGAUCCUGGAGAUCCUGAGGAACCGGCGCGGCCGCAAGGAACCCCCCCGGCAUUAG